UAAUCUUAUGUGUUUAUUACUGUGUUCAUACACAUUUCUUUGUAUUCUGCAUAUGUACUUGCACAUAGAUGUGUAGUGUAUGUACUCCACUUGUUGAAUGGUAGGGGACUUCUAAUGGCUCCUCUUACGCUUUCUGUUGAUGCGAAGAGCUCUUCAGCUGGUUCUUCCGAUAUUCCAAAUAGGGUGGUGCAGAACUCGCAGCUAAAGACAAGCAAAGGUUUUGCUUCAGUCAAUAUGCAAGAAGAAAAGCCUUUUGAUUUCUUCCGCAUUUUGUUUGAGGGUGUUAUAGCAGGAGGUACAGCUGGAGUUGUCGUUGAAACAGCCUUAUACCCGAUCGAUACAAUAAAGACAAGACUUCAGGCAGCUCGUGGAGGAGGAAAAAUAGUUUUGAAGGGUCUCUAUUCAGGAUUAGCUGGAAAUAUUGCUGGUGUCUUACCGGCUUCAGCUUUAUUUGUUGGAGUUUAUGAACCCACAAAGCAGAAGCUAUUGAAGACCUUUCCUGAACAUUUAAACGCAGUUGCUCACCUGACUGCAGGUGCUAUUGGUGGAUUUGCUGCCUCUCUGAUCCGGGUUCCAACAGAGGUUGUGAAGCAAAGAAUGCAGACAGGACAAUUUACAUCAGCCCCUGACGCUGUGCGGCUUAUUGCAUCAAAGGAGGGAUUUAGAGGUCUUUACGCUGGAUAUGGAUCCUUCCUAUUGCGAGAUUUGCCAUUCGACGCUAUUCAAUUCUGCAUAUAUGAGCAGCUCCGGCUGGGUUAUAAAAGAGCAGCACAGAGAGAGCUUAAUGAUCCUGAGAAUGCUGUAAUCGGUGCAUUUGCAGGUGCCCUGACCGGAGCCAUCACCACUCCGCUUGAUGUGAUCAAGACAAGGUUAAUGGUUCAGGGAUCAACCAAACAAUACCGAGGGAUCUUUGAUUGCGUUCAAACCAUCGCGAAGGAGGAAGGAGCUUCUGCUUUCUUAAAGGGGAUAGGGCCAAGAGUACUGUGGAUAGGUAUUGGGGGUUCAAUCUUCUUCGGAGUCCUCGAAAGCACGAAGAGGGCACUCGCCCAGAGGCGUUCCGCAGCUCGACAUGACUCGAAGGAGAAGUAAGCUCCGACUUGUGCUUCUAAACGAUGUCGUAUUGAUUCAGAAUAGUUUUGUCAAUCUCAGCAGAUUAUUUUAUGUUUUUAUCAAUUACCUGCUCGACUGCAGAACUGGAAGUCAUCUGACCAUCAUAUAUUCAUCAAACCUCACAGAA